AAAAAAUAUCACAGCUAUCGCAUAUUGCAGCUGUAGACGUUGAUUGAGAAAUUUGUGGAACAUUCGAUCGGUCUUAGAGUGUUCUUGUAUUUUAGUGGUCACGUGACAGUCGCCCGCAUGUCCCUGGAUAUCAAAGAUGGCCACGACCAAAGGUCUUGCGGUAAUUCUUCGGCCGAAAAGUAUCUCUUUAAUCGGUUGUAAUAAGUUGAAUAAUCUGACAUCGAUCACCUUGCAACAAUGCAACACCUGUCGGCGUCUUUUCUCGGCCUCGGCGCUUGGUGUCGAGUUGUGGAGUCAUCGGAAAUACGAAAAACAUAUACAAGCCAAAUCGACGCUGCUUCCUCGCCGCGGUAUUCACACUACCUACAAGCUUUCGGCGAAGCGGAAUUACUACGAGAUAUUAGGUGUGCCGAAAAACGCCUCUCAGAAGGAUAUCAAAAAGGCGUACUAUGAACUCGCCAAAAAGUAUCAUCCCGAUACCAACAAGGGGGAUCCCAAUGCUGGAAAAAAAUUUCAGGAGGUAUCCGAAGCCUACGAAGUGCUCAGCGAUGAGACUAAAAGAAAGGAGUUCGAUACUUGGGGUGCCACUUCCGAACAGAUGGGCAUGGGAGGUGGUGGACAGCGCCAAGGAGCUCAGGACUUUGGCCAAAACUGGCAAUUCAGAUCGAGCGUCAAUCCUGAAGAACUGUUUAGAAAAAUAUUCGGUGAAGCUGGAUUUCAGACCGGAGGGUUCAACGAGUAUGAGGAUUUUGCUGAGAGCAACUUUGGCUUUGGAGCAUCGCAAGAGGUCAUCAUGAACCUGACAUUUUCCCAAGCUGCUCGCGGUGUUAACAAAGAUGUGAACUUAAACGUUGUGGAUACGUGUCCUAAAUGUUCCGGAACUCGCUGCGAGCUAGGAACAAAGGCAGUGCGCUGUCAACACUGCAACGGAACUGGAAUGGAAACAAUAAGUACAGGUCCAUUUGUGAUGAGAUCGACUUGUCGCUUCUGCCAGGGAUCCAGAAUGUACAUCAAGUAUCCAUGCGGUGAAUGCGAAGGGAAGGGUCAAACGGUGCAACGUAAAAAAGUCACAGUCCCAGUGCCGGCUGGCGUUGAAGAUGGUCAAACAGUGAGAAUGGCGGUGGGCAACAAAGAGGUCUUUAUAACAUUCCGGGUCGAGAAGUCAAAGUAUUUCCGUCGCGAGGGUCCAGACGUCCAUACAAGUGCCGAAAUAUCAUUGGCUCAGGCAGUUCUCGGUGGUACGAUAAGAGUUGAAGGUGUUUAUGAGGAUCAGACGAUACAAAUACGCCCUGGCACUUCUUCCCACACGAGAAUACGCCUAAGUGGGAAAGGUUUGAAGAAAGUUAACAGUAUGGGAUACGGCGAUCACUAUGUAGAUAUAAAAAUAUCCGUUCCAUCGAAUCUGGAUCAGAAACAAAAGGCACUGCUUCAGGCUUACGCAGAGUUGGAAACUGGCACACCUGGCACCAUAUACGGAAUCACGUUCAAAAAGGAUGGUUCGAAGCAGUGCACCACCGGUCCUCUAGAUUUAAUGGAGAGCAUCCGCAUGGCAUUAGGCAAUCGACCGGUCAACGAUAAAAUAGUUUCAUCUGUAGUGGAUGGACCUGGAGACAAGCCUCAAGUUACAGCGUCAAGUCGAACGGAGGAGGCAGCAACAAAAAUUAAUUCCAAAUAUGAGGAGGACAACGUUCCGAAUGAUAAAGACAAGGAGGACUGCAACAGCGACGUGCAAGCGAGAAGACAUAAACUGCCGUGAGCUAAAGUAAAAUGUUUAUUAGAAAAAACAGAACUAGAGGAAGAAGAAAGAACACCACGGAUUGUAUUCUCUCUGAAGUUCUGGUAAUGUAGUUGUUAGAAAAUAAAUUUGUUACACUUCUUUGUAUAUAUUCUGAUAAAGAU